AUGUCAAAGCCAAUAUCUUUCGGCUUCGGCAAGUCCAAAGUCACAACACCCGCACAAAAGGCGAUCCCCCAACAGUCACGUCCCGCGGGUUCUGUUCGGCCAUCCAAAACUGCCCUACAUGACGAUUCAGACAAUGAAGAAGAAGAACACCCCAGACAUGAGUCAGUCACUGGCUUCUCAUCCAGUGGUGCUAUUCUAAGCAAACCUUUACAGGAGCCAGAUGUGCGCAUUAUAGAGAAUGUGGGCAAUGGCGAUUGGCGCAAACGAGGACGCAAGAAUCUUCUCCCAGCCGAAGUCCAAGCACAACAACAGAAUGACCAUUCCGUCAGAGUGGAGAGAGUUGAAGUGAGCAAGGCAAGCGGGUUACAAUUUGCAGAAGCAUCUACUCAAGAAGAAACAAACGGACUCUCUGAACCCCCACCAUCAGACGAAAAACAAGAGCCUCCACGACAACUGACGGCAGACGAAGAAGCGCUGAAUGCCUUGCUUGAGGAUGGAUCCAACAAACUAAAAUCAACUGCCGUCAUAGCGCAACAAGCCAAUGGUCGACUCGCCGCAAGAGACGAGACGGAGGACUUCAGAGACGAUGUGGCGUCUCGCCCGGACUCGAGUACUCUGGAGGACUACGCCGCAAUGCCUGUGGAAGAAUUUGGCAUGGCCAUGUUGAGAGGUAUGGGAAAGAAGCGACGUGCAAAUGGGGAGGUCAUCGACUUCAAUCCGAAACCCGACGAUUCUCGCAAGGCACGCAAGCAAGAAGGCUUUCUUGGUAUUGGAGCCAAGGCCGCUCCAGGCGCUGGUGUCGAAUUGGGCGCAUGGGGUAAAGCCGAUAUGAGAAAGAACAAUAAAGGAGAGGGUUUCUUUACUCCAUUAAUGCGAGAAAACAAGGUCACAGGCGAGAGAAUUACCGAAGAUCAAUUGCAGAAGAAAAUCUCGGAUUCCAAGGGAGAACUCAAGGAAGAAGAUUGGAGGAAACGACGUGACAGAAAUCUAGAGAACAAUCCACGGGACAAGGAUCGCGAUCGCGAUCCGGACCGAGACCGAGACCGCGACCGUCGUCCAGCGAAUGGUGACAGCAACUACCGCAAUGACAUGAACUCCUUUUCUCGAUCGUCCAAGAAGGAUAGAGAUCAUCGUGGCUCCGAGCAUUCACGGUCUACACGUGAUCGAAGUCGAUCAAAAGAACGGCGGAGGCGCGAUUACGAUGAUCAUGAUAGUCGACAUCGCGACAGGCAUAGGGACCGCCCACGAGAUGAGGAGAGAUAUGACUCAAGUUCUUCCCGCCGCAGUCAUCGAGAUCGUGAGAGGGACAGCGAUGCGAGUGAUCGACGACACCGAGAUAGGAGAUAG